AUGGUUUUCGACGCUUCCUCACACUUCAGAAAUUGCUCUGGUCUGAUCGAUGUCUUACACCAAGGUCCUCUUAUCUUACCUGUACUCUACGCUAUGCUAUUACGCUUUCAAAUUCCGAAAUUCGUCGUUACCUCAGACGUAGAGAAAGCGUUCCUUCAGGUCCGUUUACACGAACUCGAUUGCGAAGCGACGCUUUUUUUGGUACGCUACUAUGAAAAGAACCCCGAAGAGGAAAAUCUGAUCACCUAUCGAUUCUCCAGGGUUACGUGUCUUAACGUAUCGCCCUUUCUCCUUGGAGUCACAGUCCACCUCCAUCUUCGCAACGAAGCGAAUGGCAAAAGACUGGAGAAGGAGCUAAGGGAUCGCUUCUACGUCGAUAAUCUCAUCUUAGCAGCGGAAACCCCAGAGGAAGCGGUGCACAAAUACAGAUGCGCCCGCGAAAUUUUUGCAGAAAUUAGGAUGAAUCUGCGAGAGUUUCUCUCCAACGAUAGGGUCGUGAACGAAAGACUCGUGCGAGAGUCCCGAGCAAGCACAAGGUAUCAAAAGGUCGUGGGAAUACUUUCGGAGAGGAGAAACGACAAGCUAUCAAUUCGAUGUAACCUCCCACUCACGCCACACCUUACUAAACGCAUCGUAGCAAGACUAAUUGCUUCAGUGUAUGACCCCUUUGAAUGGCUCGUCCCACUUCUCACUCAAGCGAAAAGAUUCCAGCAGGACUUGUGGAAGCAGAGGUAUGGCUGGGACACACCAUUACCUGAAAACUUGCAGAAGCGCUGGAAUACGCUUUGUAAAAAUGCGCAUCCUGUAGAAGCCACUGAGCAACCCAGAACGCAGCAGUUUAGCAGUCUUCUCCGACGCCAGCUCCAUCGCUAUGUCAGCAUGAGAGUAUACCUCGGCGGUGAGCAGUCCACAUUGGUUAUGGCCGAAUGCAAGCUACCCUCCAUUAAAAGUAACCCUACUAUAACCAAAAUGGAAACGAACGCAUUGGCGAUAGCAUUAUGCCUAGCACUCUCAAUAUUCCAGGUGCUCAACGAACGCAUUCCUCAUGGUAUGAAAAACGCUUAUAUCUUCUCCGAUUCGCAAGUGGCGCUAAGCUGGCUAGCUUCAAAUUCAACCGCAACAAAUUUUGGAAUGCUCGUUAACAACCGCUUGAAAGAAAUACGACGCAUUGUAGAAGCCUUCAGCAGUGAAGGAGUUCAAGUGUAUUUCAAAUUUGUACCGACAAAUCAGAAUCCAGCUGAUGCUAGUUCAUCGCUUGGGCAUGGACAACGUGCGCAACACACUCACCGACGCCAUUUGGAAAUUGUCUCCACUGGCAGCCUGGGAAGGACGUACUAUAGACGGAGCAACGGCGAGGGGGAGGUCACCGAGUUGCUUCAGCCAGAGCCGAGCCCUCUUGACCGAGAGGAAGCGGAAAUUACCCAGCAGAAUGCGGAGUUAAUGGAAAAUGUCGCAGUGGACAAAGCUAUGAUGUGGCGCCAAAUAGAUGGAGAAAUCUUCGACGCUCACGCAGAAACUGAGGAAUUUGACAAUCUCAUCGACGAACUCGAAAGUGAAUCCAAAUGUAAUGUAAACCCAGGAGCUUCAGUCGAGGCAUCAUAA